GUUCAACUGGCCUGGGGUGAUCUUGGAAGCGUCACUGCGGUGCAGAAAUGGAACCCCCUGUGUCGCAAUAUGCCCUACGUUGUUCUCACUCAUCACCCGCUUCUGGUAAAACAGAACCAACUGCCAAGCGACCAGGCCAAUGUGAGUGGUGCUGGCUACGGCGCCGAAACCACCCCCGGGACGCCCUACGAUGUGAACAACUUCUUGCAGGCCAUUCGCGACGCCUGUAGUGCCACCAACGUGGAGUUUAAGACUGGCGACAUAACCAUUGAAAGCUACGGAAACCUCGGAAGCGUUGUCUUCAACCAGACGAGUCUUGGAUUCACUCGGUCGAAAGUUCCAGUGGCCGAGUGA